UUGUACGCGUCGUCUGCUCUGCGGACCACCUCUCGCUAUAGGCCGUUGUUCGCUCAGUCCAUUGUUUACUUCUGGGCACUUCGGAAGCUGAUCUAAAGGACAGGAACUUUUGGAUUGAAUGCUUACAACCGUGAUAGAGUAAUCAUCUAUUCCGGUAAAUCGUAAAUUGAAGUGAAGUGUUUAGUGAACACAUGGAAGAUAAAACUCACCCCUGAACCAGGAGAUAGCCCUGGUGCACUUAAACCAAUGGACUAUGAAAUUCUAAAUAACAAGACGCAAAAACUGAAGUGAUAACGAAGCAAACCCACCUUCCAAGCAACACCGGAACGAAGAAGCCGGAAAGAAUUUUAAGCAUUUCAAACUGGCAAGAAAUAACACUGAGCCCAACAAUCAAGUGCAGAUCAACCACCAGUAAAGAAGUAUUACAUUCAGAGACACAAAAAUCUUCCUACAAAUACCAAAAUAAUAGAUAUAAUCUGAAAACAACGAAGACCCACAAAAGAAAAUCCAGGGAGUAAAGACUACUAUAUAGUCUAAAACCCUAUAAAAAAAAGAAAGAAGAAGAAGACAGGAACUCCUCUUUGGCUGCCAGAUUUUGUAAUUCAAAAGGCAGAUCCUAGCUGAAUGCUGUGCUCUGUUGUCACAAGAUGCAGAUUUAUGGGGGUAUCAAGCCCUGUAAGGUGGAGACAAACUACAUUUUCCUAUCAUGGCACAACAGCACCCUUUAGGACCUUAUGGAGAAGAACAAACCAUAUGAAUCCUGGACUCCAGUCAAGAAGGGCAAUUCAGACAACAAGACCUCAGAAUGUCAAUCCUUUGCUCAUGGCUGUGCUUCGACCAGUUAGUAAGGUGGCUGCAAUACUGGUUGGCAGAGGGUUCAGAAAAUGGUGGCAGUCACUACCCAAGCAGAAAAGGGAACUGUUUAUACAGCAUUUACAUCGUAAUAUAAGGAUUUAUAUUUUUGGGUCCAUCCUAGUUGGUAGUUCAGGAUAUAACUACUAUGCAAACCACGUCACUACCACACCUUUCACAGGAAGAAAGAGGUUCAUGGUCUUCACUCCAAAUCAGCUGUUUACCAUCUCACAAGAAAUAUAUCAUGAGGAAAUGGCUCAGUUUGCAAAGCAGAAGAUGCCAGUUGAUCAUCCAAUGGUUACACGAGUAAGCAGAGUGGGUAACCGGUUACUGCAAGCCAACAACAAGAUUCCUCAGCUUUAUACUAAAGUGUGGACAGUCACAGUUAUUGAUGAUCCUACAGAGAAUUGUUUAGUUUUGCCUAGUGGUGACAUCAUUAUGUUCCGAGGAAUGAUGGACUUGUUUGAGAAUGAUGACCAAUUAGCUAUGAUUCUUGCACAUGAGAUGAGUCACGCUAUACUUGAACAUGCUGCCGAACAGCUGAGUCAUGGAUAUCUUCUUGACACCCUCAUUCUGUUGCCUUUGGCAGUCAUUUGGGCUUUUUUACCAAGUGAUGGUAUUGCUGCUGUCACUCACUGGUUCCUUCUUAGAGUUGUUGAAGUGCUUCUGAAGUUGCCUUACUCAAGAAGUAUAGAAGAUGAAGCAGAUUCUGUUGGGUUGCAAUUAGCUGCAAAGGCUUGCUAUGAUGUUAGAGAAGCAAGUGCAUUUUGGGGUAAAUUAUGUUUACAAGAAGAAAUACGAAAGCAGGUAGGCAUGGAAACAGAUUCUGUCCCAGCAUUUUUGUCAACCCAUCCAUCAAACAGCAGUAGACAAGCGAGGAUAGAUGAGCAAAUGCCAGAUGCUCUAAAAUUGCGUGAAUUUUGUCAGUGCUCAAAGCUUACAGACAAGGAUCCAAGACUUGAGAUAAGAAAGUUACAGGAAUAUAUGAAGACAAACGCUCUUGUGACUGCCUCAUAAAAUUAAAGCUAGUAUUAUGCAUCAUGUGACUGCACUCAGGAAUGGAGUCUAAUCCCAUACUUGUUGAAAGUUUGACAAAUUUAUAGAAUUUUAUAUGUAAAAUAUAGCUGAUUGAAAAUCUGUUUAUUACCCAAAUAAAGUAUUUAAUUAAU